UGUGUCUAUGACGCCUGAUCCAUCGCGUCAAAACCAUUAAGCAGGAGACUGGGUGUGAUGAUAAUGUAUUGAUCAGGUCGUGAUGGAUGGCCCCUGAGGAUAUAUAAGUGAAGUUCUCAGUCGGGCUGAGGUAUAGCUCAGAUCUGACCUCCUCGAGAUAAAGUCACCAUGCUUUCUGUAGCUCUGUUUUACCUCGUAGCUGUGAUUUGUUCUGCAAGACGGACACAUGCUUUACCUCUGUACCCCGAGUCCAACCUGGAGCCACAGGCAGAGUUCAUUCAGAAAUUAGUGUCAGAGGUGGAAGAUGGACCAAAUACUGCUGAGGGGGAGCAGAGGGAGGUGAAUAAUCUGUAUCCUCUACUGAUGCAGCACAACGGAGGGAGAGAUUCCUGGAAUAAAGGGGCUAAAGAUUCAACACAACAAGAGCAGUAUGUAAACAUGGUUGAGGACCUCAAAGAAGCAGUUUUGAAGCUGGCGGCAGCUGACAAGCUUCGCUCUCAGGGUUUUCUCAGAUCAGAGCAGAACUUGCCAAAAACUAACAAGAGAGCAUGUUUCUGGAAAUACUGUGUGACCAACUAGAGACCAGCGGCAGAGGGACUCGUAUCAUUUGGCCUGGUUCGAAACACCUUCACCCACCAUCGUUGUUUUUGUUUCCCACCAAGCAGGAUUUUCAUCAUCCAUGCCGGAUCAACAGAAAAUAUAUUUUUGAAGUUGUAAAAUGGUCUUUUUUCGUGGCUGAAAAUAAACUUGA